CACCACCACCACCAUCAUGCUAAAGCAGUUUAACCUUUUAAAGCAGUUUGGGAAUGUGGGGAAGGGACAAGAUGCCACUGACCUACUCUCUGAGGAUCUGGUUUUGGUGGAGCAGCGUGUCGAGCCAACCAGGAAAGCAGCUCAGAUCAUCCAUAAGAAGUUGGUGGGCUGCUUACAGAGUCAGCAGGGACUUGACUCAGAGAGACGAAUGAAAAAGCUUCCUCUCAUGAUGCUCUCUGUCAGUAUGGCUGAGAGCUUUAAAGAUUUUGAUGGAGAUUCCUCUAUUAGGAAAGUUCUUGAAAUGUGCUGCUUCAUAGAACAAAGUUUGGCGCAAACAUUGGCAGACUUCGAGAUGAAGCUGGAAAAAGAUGUUCUGGAGCCUCUAAAUAAACUCAGUGAGGAAGACCUUCCAGAAAUCUUGAGGAACAGAAAGCAGUUUACUAAACUUACAACAGAUUGGCACAACGCACGAACCAGGUCCCAAGCUAGUACAGGUCCUCAAGCCAAACAAGAUGGACUGAGAGAGGAUUUGGAAGAAGCCUGGAGAAGACUGGAGUCAGUCAAGGAUCAGUAUUCUGCUGACCUCUACCAUUUCAACACUAAGGAAGAUGAAUAUGCCAACUACUUUAUUCGGCUUUUAGAACUGCAGGCUGAAUACCACAAAUUCUCUCAUGAGUUUUUGAACAAACAUAUUACUGAACUGAAGGAAAAUCACAGUAAUUCAGAGCCACAGGUGAGUGUCUCAUCAAGAAAGGUUUAUGGAGAGUCACUCCUCUCUCACCUAAAAAGCUGUGGCCAGGACAUUGCACUGCCCAUCCAGGAAUGUGUUACCAUGCUACUGCACACAGGACUUCAGGAGGAGGGCUUGUUUAGACUGGCAGCGGCGGCCUCGAUGGUAAAGAAGCUGAAGAGCAGUCUGGACUCAGGGAAUGUGGACCACGCUGAGUUUAGCAAGGAUCCUCAUGCUGUGGCAGGUGCUCUGAAAUCUUACCUACGAGAGUUACCUGAACCUCUCAUGACAUUUGAACUGUAUAACGACUGGUUCGCAGCAGCAGGAGAGAAAGAACUUGAUGACAAACUGGAGCAGUUACGAGCGGUAUUAAAAAAACUCCCCUCAGAAAACUACAACAACCUGCGAUACCUUGUCCAGUUCCUGGCAUGUUUGUCCGAGUAUCAGGCAGUUAACAAGAUGACUCCAAGUAAUAUUGCCAUAGUGCUUGGUCCUAAUCUACUGUGGCCUCGUACUGAAGGGGAGGCCUCACUGCUAGACAUGGCUUCUGCCUCUUCAGUCCAGGUCAGAGCUGUUGUAGAGCCAUUUAUACAAUACUCCAAGAGCCUCUUCACUGAAGAGGUUGGUUUUGAGAUUCCAGACCUUUCAGUCCCAUCUCCGUCUUUACCUCAGCGGUCCUCACUGGAAAGUGCCUUGCCUCUCUUAGUCACAACCACUGUCUCAAAUACUGACAGCUCAAAUUCAUCUGACAACUGUGAAGCAGCAGGAAGCAAUAAGACCAGUGCAGUAAAUCGUGGUUCAACAGGGUGGGAAAAUACCGGUUCUGCUCCAGCCAGUCAGCCAUCUGCUCAGAGCCCAAGUCUAAAUGCAGCUCCAGGUCAGAAUCAGACUAAACCCCAGCCAAGAACUAGACCUCCGUGUCAGAUACAGCAUCAGUCUCAGGAUACCGCCCAGCCAAAAGCAAACAAUGCCUCAGAGGACAGUAUGGAGCAGCCUCCUCAUUCCCCAGAAGCCAAACUGAAGAUCAACCCUCCAUAUAAACCAAGCAGGUCCUUUGUUCAGCACAAGGCACUAACUAAAGAUUCUUUUGUGAGCUAUAGAAGGCCCAAAGUCCCGGUUCCACCCCUUAGUCAAGCUGGAAUUCCACCAGUGGCGCUGCCAAGAAGUGUUUCUCAGAGCGCAGCUCCAAAAGCACAGACUGAGCCUACAGCCAAACCAGAAGCUCCUCCUGUGCCUGCAGCGCCCGUUCCUGAAGCAGGCGCUCAGAAAAAAGCCAUGGGCAAGAGACCCAAUGUUCCUCCUCCACUUCCACCCCAGAGUCUGCCCAAACAGCUCUCCUCAACCGCCCAGUGAGUCUGACCUCAUCACGUCAUUCUGACA